CGCACACAACAAUAGCUAGUGGGGGCAGCGCACGGCCGGCAUCGCCAACAUGAGCCCCACGGAUCGUGCUGCCUUCUCCUCCGUGGCCGCGGCGGUCGCCGUCGUGCUCUCCUUGCACCUCGCCGCCGGAGCGCGCGUCCAGCAGCCGAACCCGAACCACGGUGGCGACCGCGACAUUGGCGGCGGCGCCUGCGCGAUAGCCGUGACGCCGCUCGGUUACCCUUGCGAAGAGCAUCAGGUGACGACGGAGGACGGAUACAUCUUGAGCUUGCAAAGGAUCCCGAGGGGCCGCGGCGGCGGAGCGGCCGGCGGGCGGGGCGGGGCGCGCGCGGGGCAGCCGGUGCUCCUGCAGCAUGGGGUUCUUGUGGACGGCAUGACAUGGCUGCUGGCCUCGCCGGAGGAGUCGCUGGCGUUCGUCCUCGCCGACCGCGGCUUCGACGUGUGGAUCGCCAACACCCGGGGCACGCGGUGGAGCCGCCGCCACGUCUCGCUCGACCCGUCCAGCCGGCUCUACUGGAACUGGUCGUGGGAUGAUUUGGUGGUCAGUGACUUGCCGGCCAUGGUCGACUUCGUUUGCAGACAGACUGGGCAGAAGCCCCACUACGCUGGCCACUCCAUGGGGACACUGGUGGCACUCGCGGCCUUCUCAGAGGGCAGGCUGGUGGACAAGCUGAAGUCAGCUGCGCUGCUGACGCCGGUCGCCUACCUUGCCCACAUCACCACACCCAUUGGCUUACUGUUAGCUAAAGCAUUUGUUGGAGAGCUGCUCUCCGAUGGCCUUGGCGUCGCCGAGUUCAACCCGACAUCACCUCCAGUGGCAAACUUGAUCAGAGAGUUCUGCCGCAAGCCUGGGAUGCACUGCUACGAUCUCCUCGCCUCCAUCACAGGGAAAAACUACUGCCUCAACAGUUCUGCAGUCGAUGUCUUCCUCAAGUACGAACCCCAGCCGACUUCCACAAAAACCAUGGUCCACUUCGCUCAAACCGUGCGCGACGGUGUGCUGCAGAAGUACGACUACGUGCUGCCGGGCCGGAACAUCGCCAGCUACGGCCAGGCCGAGCCGCCGGUGUACGAGAUGUCCAACAUCCCGGCGGACUUCCCGCUCUUCCUCACCUACGGCGGCCGCGACUCCCUCGCCGACGCCGACGACGUGCGCUUCCUCCUCGACGACCUCCGGGGCCACGACCGCGACAAGCUGACGGUGCAGUACCUGGAUCAGUUCGCGCACCUCGACUUCGUCAUCGGCGUCUGCGCCAAGGAUUACGUCUACAAGGAUAUGAUCGCGUUCUUCAACCGGUUUAACUAGGUUAAAUCUCAAAAGAAAAGGAAAAAUAAGGCUCUCUACGGUGAGAAAAGAUUGUGAAUAUGUCAUAGGUUAAUUACACUCGUAGUAAAGAAAAAGAAAGAAAGAUAAUUUACUAAGGAAACUAAUGACUAGUACAAGAAAGGUGAUCACUGGAUUCAGUGGGGAAUUCACCUGCUGUUUCCUCAGAAAAAAAAAAACAAGAUGGUCACUGGAACAGCGGUCACACUGUAAUGCAGUAGUAAUGCAGUAAUGCUUACAAGAGAAUAUAGUUGGUCUUGAUCA